AUGCUGCACCCUCGCCAGCUGUUCUGCCGCUUCGGCUUGGAGGGUACCGAGACAGAGGGGGGCCCCGCAGAGAGUUUUGUUGCUCUGGGCGUCACAGACCUGCCCCCGCCUCUGUCUCUUUUCCUUGAUGAAACAGCCAGCAGCAGCAGCAGCAGCAGCAGCAGCAGCAGCAGCAGUUCAUCGCCGUCACAGGGGGGAUCAACUUCUCCUGCUGCUCGCAGCCGCAUGAGAGGGGCUGCUGAGGAGGCAAAAGAGCAGCAGCAGCAGCAGCAGCAGCAGCAGCAGCAGCAGACUGCAGCAGAAGACUCCUCCAUAGAUACUGCUCUGUGGCGAUCCGAGCGCCUCUGUCUCCGCUGCCGCAUGCCUCUAUUAGCGCGUCGAUGCGGCGCAGCAGCAGCAGCAACAGCAGCAGCAUCAGCAGCAGCAGCAACAGUACCUGCUGCAGCAGCAACAGCUGCAGCUCCAGCUCCUUCGUUCCCUGAGAGGGGCUCUGCUGCUGCUGGCGUGCGGCGGCGGUUUAGGGCUUAUGUGAGGCGAAUAGCAGCAGAAGAGAGAAGAAGAGAGCAGCAGCAAACCAGGCGGCUGCUGCAGGACCUACAAACCCCUAUACCUCCUCUCUCCAGUGACUGCACCUGCAGCAGCAACUGCAGCAGCAACUGCAGCAGCAGCAGCAGCAGCAGCGGCAGCACAAGCAACAGCAGCAGCAGCAGCAGCAGCAGCAACAGCAGCAGCAGCAGCAGCAGCAGCACCAAGGGAGAUUAUGAUCAGCAGCAACUAGCAUUCCAGCGCUGCGUGCAGCUCGUUGGAGGCGUCGCUGUGCCGGCAGCUGCAGUCAGAGAGAAGCAAAUAAACUCACUCCGCAGCAGCAGCAGCAGCAGCAGCAACAACAAUAGCUGCGGCAGCAGCAAUAGCAGCCAUUGCAGCAGCAACAAUAGCAGCAGCAGCAGUAGCAGCAGCAGCAAUAGCAGCUGCAAAGCUGCAACAGAAGCAGCAGCAGCAGCAGCAGCAGCACCAGGUGCAGCAGCAGGAACUGCAGCAGCAGGAGCUGCUGGUGGCACUGGUGCUGCACCUGGUGCUGCUGCUGCUGCUGCAGCAGCAGCAGCAGCAGCAGAAGUGAAACUAAGUGCUGAUGAGUGGACCCUCGUGACAGCAGCACUGGGGCUGCUGGCGCGGCGGGGUGUUAUUGGUCUGAUAGCUGUUGAUGGUUCUGUAUCACCACCACCAUCUUCUUUUUCUUUUUCUUCUUUUUCUUCUUUUUCUUCGUUUUCUUCUCCCCCUCUCCGGCUGCUGCCGCUGCCCGCGCCGUAUAUACCCCCAGAAGAGAAGCAGGUAAGGGGCGGGCCAGCGGUGCAUGCAGCAGAAACCCCAGCUGCAGCAGCAGCAGCAGCAGCAGCAACAGCAGCAGCAGCAGCAGCAGCUGUAGAUGAGGGAGAAGCUCUUGAGCAGCAGCAGCAGCAGCAGCAACAGCAGCAGCAGCAGCAGCAGCUGUAG